UUCAAGUUUAGUUCACUCGGGAGCUUCGAACAGAUCAAACGCUAAAAAAAUACUCAAAAAUAAUUAAACGAAACCAGAAAAGUACAAAGCGUAAAUUAAACGCAGAAUUUCAUUAUUUUAUUCAUUAAAAAACAACAAAAGCAACAAGUUAUUGUUACAACGCGCAAUAGUUGAAAUCAGCACAAAACGUGCGCACGUCCUCAGAACAGACAGGAUGAGCCCAGCAAGCUUAAAGCUUUACUGCAUCGCAGUCACUUGCUUAUUAUUAUCGAAUUGCCUGUUUGUGGAUGCGAAGGGUACCUUCAGUGGCCGAAGCAGCUCCAGAAGCUCACACAGCUCAUACACGCCACGACGCACGCACUCGCCCAGCUCCCACAGCUAUACAUCACACUCAUCAUCGGCUGCUUCACGUCCUUCCUACUCACAUUCAGAUGCCACAAAACUCAGUUACAGCGGCAACACCUACGCAGCGCCCAAACGACAAAGUUCCACACACACAAAUACACCCACAUACACUCAAUCACGACCGGCCGCUACCGGCACUCCUAUCGGUUGGAAUGUACCAAAAUCACAGGGUCCACCACCGGCGUAUUCGCCAUCGAAUCCAUCAGGUGGUGCACGCACCAAUAUACACGAACCACCACCGGCUUAUAAGGCCACAGCACCUGUCGCCUCAGCACCUUCCGCAUCGUCUGUUUACAAGCCAAAUGCGCCACCACCGAGCUACACAGCUGCUACUAACACCGGCAGUCGCAAUUCAAUGACGCCAGCACAGACAUACAAUCCCAGCGCACCGGCAGCUUCUAACAAUUAUCGCGGCACGAUGACACCAGCGCAGACAUAUCGACCAAGAGCAAAUUCAACAGGCUUUGGCGGAGGCAGCUCCUUUACACCGAUACAACGCACAAAUGUGCAAGGCGUGCAAUCCGGUUACCCGCAACAGAGUUUACCUGCAGGUGCUACCUAUUAUAACUCACCUUCUCAUCUGCCAGCGGGUGCCACAUAUCACUCAGCGGGCUCAUUGCCACCCGGCGCAACCUAUCACCCAUCGGCACCGGUUGGAGCAGCUUAUCAUCCAUCUGCACCCACAUAUCAUGCACCGGGCGCUUUGCCUGCUGGCGCUACUUAUUAUCCAUCUGGCGGUGCUUUGCCGGCUGGCGCCAGUUACCACCCAGCAGGACACGUUCCGGCUGGUGCUACAUAUUAUCCAUCGGCUGGUGGUGUGCCUGCAGGCGCAAGCUAUUAUCCGGCUGCGGCUGCAGUGCCAGCUGGCGCUACCUUUCUGCCAGCCGGCUCUUCGUUACCGGCUGGCGCCACCUACUAUCCACAGGCGCCGGUCAAAUCGUCUUCUGGACUUGGUUUUGGUUCUGGUUUGGCAGCUGGUGCCUUAGGCGGUGCCCUUCUAGGUUACGCACUUACGCCAUCGCAAACGAAGGUUAUAGAGCAUGUACCUGCCGGAGGUGGCUAUAGUGGUGGUGGUGGUGGUGGUGGUGUCGCACCCGCGAGUGGUGGCGAUGAUCGCAUUAUUAUCAUUAAUAACGGACCACCGGGAUCAGUUACAACUACAGAUGCUGGUUCCGGUACCACUGUCAUAAACACCAAUGCAGCAGCGCCAGCACCUGCAGCUCAACCAGCAGCGCCACAAUAUGUGGCACCACCACAAAAUGUUGCACCACAACCCGCUGUAGCUCAACCCAGUACGCCAGAUGCUAAUUCCCCGCAGCUAGCACCUUUUGGCACACCGCCCGCUGAAAAUGGCGGCAAUGUAGCGGCUGCUGUUGGUGGCGCGGUCGCAGGUGCAGUUGCCACUGCGGCCGUUGCGCCAGCACUUAAUGCUGCACCCAUUCCAGCGCCCGGUGAGACCGCUCCUGUGGCCGGCGGCACGCCAACUCCAGUCGCACCAGUCGCUGGUGCCUCUGCUGACGGUGCGGCUCCUGCUGCUGGCUCAGCCGCUGCUCCGGAACAACCACCAGCUGGUGGUAUUAUCUGUGUACCCGUUCGUGUCCCGGAACCCGAUCCUGCUGACAGCACAAAAACUAUUGAAGUGGAAAAAGUUGCCUGCUAUCCAGCACCUCCACCACCGGCAGCAGCAAUCACAACAGAUGCAACAGUAAGCAGCACACCCAUCACGCCUACAACAGCAUCGUCCACACAGUCCACCGUUGAGUCUACCAUGGCUCCUGCUCUUAUUAGUAAAUCGGAAAUGUCCGUACAAUUGGCGCCACUUAAUACACAGUCGCCAAUAGAAGUUCCAGAGGGCUCUGUCGCUUUGGCGCCGCUCAGCCCGAACAGGCAGCCGGAUAUCAUGAAAUUGCCAGGCAGUUAUUAUGCACGCCGCUCGGUCUCCACUGUUGAGUUGGCCGAGAGUUCCGGCCUAUUGCGCGCCGGUGCAGCAAGCAAUUAUGCCAAUUUCGGCAUUUCGACACUGUUGACUCUGCUGGUUGCAUAUUGUUUGCACUAACCGGGCUGUUGGCUAACAGCCACUCUGAGCCAUAAAAACCAAGUGCACUCGCCGUGGUAUGCGCAAGUAUGGCACAAAAGGUUUAGCACAGGUAGACGAAGGUUAAAGCCAAAAAAUAAAUUUAAUAUCGACAAAGAAAAUCAACACUUUAAGGCCAUAGAGCAAAAUCCAAUAUUUAGUUUAAAAGAAAAGUUAUUGAUUUUAUUAAAUUUAUUAUUUGUCAUUUUUUGAAAGCCUCAAGUCAUUUAUUGGAGUGCAUACUAUUCUUUAAAUAAACAAUGCUACAUAUGUAUGUAAUUUAAUCGUAUAAUUAAAAAAUUUUGUUAUUAAAUAUUAUUAACAAAAAUACUCGAAUUUAUUUUUAGUACAAAAAAUGAAAAUAUUAAUGUGAAUUUUUAGAUAAGGUUUUAAAAUUUGUUAAAAAAAAAUAAUUUGAUUUUUCAAGUUUUGAAAACCAGAUUUUUCUUGAUAUAAGAUAUAAUUAUUAAUUUUCCGGUUUUAAAAAUAAAACUAAAUAAAAUGCA